CAGCAGGGACAAGAACCCAGAUUGCCUGAGUCCCAGUCCUGCACUCUUAACCAUGUUUUAUCGAACAUUGGAAAAUCAUAAUAGGGAAUAGUAGUUAUAUUGCUUCCACUUGACAUUCCAAAGAAAGGAGUUUAAUUGUGUGUGCGUGCGUGCGUAUAAGGGGGCUGAUGAUGGUAUGCAGAGGCUUUCUUCCAAGGGAACCUCUUUCCUCUAGGGAACUGAAUUCAAUCUAAGAGGGGUGUGUGUGUGUGUAUUGGGGUGGAAUAUUCUAGUGCUGGCAGCAGGCAAAGACAAGGAAACAAGAGCAAAAGUUGCAGGAUUCCAGAACCAAAUUGCAAAAAUAAUAUGUUGGAACUUAAAGCUCUUGCUGCCAGUAGCUAAGCCUUAGUAGAAGCAUUUGGAACUGUUAAGAUGGUGAAAAAGCUGCACAGCAAGCAGGAAACCACCCAAGAAUCAGUGGUUGGGGGAAAGAGGGUGAGGUCAGAAGAACAAGUUACUACUGUUUGGUGAAUCUGAUAGGGCAAGAUUAGGAUCCGAGGUGGGCUGUAUUCUUUGUUAAUGCUUUAGUAGAGACAGAUAAGUUGUAUGAUUUGCAAACAAGCAGUUAUAAUUAAAUCUGUGAUCAGCCUGAUCCUAAGCACGUUCACGCAGAAGUAAGCCUGGGCUUAAUAGGGUGUACAAAGCCUACACUUUAAAAAAAUGCAUAUACAUUUUCAUAACGGGCCUGUGGGUCAGAGACAGUGCCUCCUUCCUGCUUUCUAUGGCACGUGAACAAAGAGGCUCGAGCUGCAGCCUACAGGAAACCAUUCUCUGAAAGCGUACAUACGAUACGCUUUGUGCCUCAUGCACCAGAUUAAUUUAAACAAAAUGCUUCAUUUUUUACCCUAACUUCAUAAGAGAUGCAAAUCAGGACAAUAGAGUGGAUUUGGGAGUGCAAACACCCACGAUUCCAGGAAUAUCAUCUCUCACUCUGAUGGACAUUCAGGUUGCUGCAGCUGACAGCUCUCUCUGCCCCUGGAGUUGCUAAUCCUUUUGGGGCCGUUCCAUCUUGAUGAGAUGCUAUCUGGCUGGCGGUUGCUGGAGGGAUUCGGCCGCUCACCAAGCGAGUCCUCGUUGGAUUCUCCAGAAGCAGUCAUGCUCCAGGCCCUCUAUGACUACCAGUAUAAGUCUGAGGAUGGAAGGCAAGUGAGCAUUGCAGAAGGCGAGAUCUUCCAGCUCAUGCACAAGACCAAUGAGGACUGGUGGCAGGUGCGGCGGCUUGGGCAGAGCAAGCAGAAGCGACCCUUCUUUGUGCCUGCCACCUAUGUGGCCGAAAUACCUUCGGGAGCAAGGGCAGCCGCACAGCAGAAUACCAGGUUGCGUCAUGGCAUCACGGCAGAGCAGGAGGCACACGCGAGUUCUCUGGAGGACCUGUGCGUACAAUCUGAUCUCCCAUCUUUCCACUUGGGCCUCAUGUCCUGCCACAGCCUCCCUCCGCCUGCGAUGGGAUCCUGCCCCCUCCCUCUUGGUAGGAAACACAGCAUGGGCAUCUUGCCUCAGACAGACGGGAUGGGCAGAAAGCAAGAACAACGUUCGGAGGAGGAGCCGAUCGAGAAGAAAAAGGGGAACUACCAAGGGAGCCUGGUGCAAUCGGACGGCUGCAGCCCCUCCACCCCCGCCGAGCCUGCUCCGGGGGAGCCCUCGGACAAAGCGGAAGAAGAGCGAGCGAGGAGCGAGCAGCCCGGCUGCCCCGGUCUCCGGACCAGGGAGAGGAAGCUGGGCUACGCCAAAUCCAUGGUGCUGCCGGAGACCCGGGGAGGCCAUUGCAGGACCCUGUCUCAGCCCAGCUGUGCAGCCUGGCUGGGGGAGCUCUCGGCCUCAGCACCUGCCCAUGACUCCCCUCCACGUGGCCCUGACCUGCGGCAGAUGGUGGAGAGGUCUGGACAGCUGAACAAAACCAAGAUUGCAGAAGGAGGUCGGAAACUCAGAAAGUGCUGGGCGCCAUCAUGGCUGGUGUUAGCUGGGAACAGCCUCAUGUUUUACAAGGAACCAAAGGUGGCAACUGCAUGGACUCCGUUCGGUACCCGACCAGAAAGCAGUGUGGAUUUGCGUGGGGCCCGCAUUGAAUGGGCCAGGGACCUGUCCAGCAAACGGAACGUCAUCCACUUCCGUACCGUGACUGGCAAUGAGUAUCUCUUGCAAUCAGACAGCGAGACUGUGAGCCAGGACUGGUACCAGGCUAUCAAAGGGGUCAUCCGCAGGCUGGAUGAAGAGAACCCUCUGGACGAGCCGCUGCUGUAUCCGCUGUACCGCUCCAACAGCGCUGACCUUGUGGAUCUCAGUGCUGAUGAGGAAGAUGAUCUGGGACUCCCAAAGGCACCGGCAAGUCCUGACCGAGCCUACAAGAAACGGGUCAAGAGCAAGUUGAGGCGGUUCAUUGCCAAACGACCACCCCUGCAGAGUUUACAGGAGAAAGGACUGAUUCGAGACCAGGUCUUUGGCUGCCGACUGGAAGCCCUGUGCCAGCGUGAAGGCAGCACCGUACCCCGCUUUGUCCGGCAGUGCGUGGAAGCGGUGGAGCAGAAAGGGCUGGAUGCGGAUGGAAUCUACAGGGUCAGUGGGAACUUGGCCAUCAUUCAGAAGCUGAGGUUCAUAGUUGAUCGCGAGCGGGCAGUGACAUCAGACGGGCGUUAUGUCUUCCCGGAGCAACGCUGCCACGAGGACAAGCUGCACCUGACUGACCCGCAGUGGGAUGAUGUGCAUGUGAUAACAGGGGCCCUCAAGCUCUUCUUCCGGGAGCUGCCUGAACCACUGGUGCCUUACAGCCUUUUUGAUGAAUUUAUAGCUGCUGUCAAGUUGCCCGACUUGAAGGAGAAAAUAUCCAAGCUGGCAGGGUUGAUCCAGAGCCUUCCCCAGUCGAAUCGGGACACACUGCAAUAUCUCCUGGAGCAUCUCCGAAAGGUGAUGGAGCUCUCAGACGUCAACCGGAUGACAACACAGAAUAUUGGCAUCGUCUUUGGACCAACUUUGCUGCGCCAUGAAUGUGACGCGACCAGCCUGGUAGAGGGCAUGGUGUACCAGAACCAGGUGGUAGAGCUGCUCCUCACUGAAUUUAUGAGCAUCUUUGGCACCCUGGAGACUGAAUGACUUUGCCUUUCUCGGCAGUUGGUGGUUUUAUCCUGAAGGCACGUCAGAUCACAGGUAGCAAGCAAGAGUUGGCUUGUUGAAACAAGCACUGGCUCUGUGCACCGUUCACCUGGCUGAUGCUAUUGGACAGACAGAGCUUCAUGUCAGCUUUCUGGGCUCUGCUUCAGAAGCUGGUUUGGGCUUCUGCAGGCCAGGAUCUUGAAGCCAAAUUCAGCAUAGAAGCUGGUGCAUCCUAGCGAAGGGCUUUCUCAAUGCCGUCAUCCAUGCAAGUGAAACAAAGCUAUUCUGAGUCUCCUCUGCUGGAGCUGAGGCAAAAGGAAGAAAAUCAGUGCAGCUGGCAGCACCUGGGCCCCUGCCCAUGGAAUGGGAGGCAACUGCUUAGCUGUGUGUUCCAGUGAAAUCUGUGAAAAACAGCAAGCCACUCAGAAAGCCUGUUCCUUCAAGACCAUCCACCAGCCAUCUGUCUGUCCACAUCCCAUUUCCUCUCCCCUCUGAGCUGCUUGCUUCCCGCAGCUUGGUGCCCCUGAUGUGCCAGACUUGUUUGCUCUGCCAUUACUCUCUUCUACACCAGCAGACCAGCUCAUCACUGUAGCCAUCAAAACAUGCUGCAAAGAGGGCUUCUUUUAGCACAGGGGUGGGUCACCUUGGCCUGCUUCCAUGCAGCUCUCAGCCUGAAUUCAGAAGCUCCCUGCAGGCCAUCAGUUCAGACCUCUGGCAAGAGCACUAUGCCCCUUCCUCAAGAGCAAGCUGGGUGGAAGGAGAGAAAGUGGGGGGGGGGGCAGAAAGGUGGGACACCCACUCUUUUGGCUCUUGUCCCACCCACCAUUGCCUUGUCCCCACUGUGUGAAAGAUUAUACAUACAUGCUUUCAACAAGUUGCCCACCCCUUCACUAGGAGUGCCCUCUUUCUUUUAGGACACAUCUGUACUAAAAAAAAAAAAAGGAAAACCAACAUGAAAUAGCCAGUUUCUUGCAAAGGGCAAAAGUCUCAUGAGGGUGCUGCUGACUGAAUUGUUCUAUAUUUGUGAUGCUCAGUCCCUUCACAGAAUUACAGCUCUAAGAGUUAUUCAGUUUGGAGCCAUGACACUUAGCAUGGGUUUGAAAACUGGUUUCAGUGUGGAGCAUCUGCCGUGUUGCGGUGACUCUAAACCCUCUGCUUCCUAGCAUAUUAUGGUAUGCAAUUCCUGUACACUGUUACUUUGAUUUCCUUAGUGAGCAGCUGUUGCUGAAGGUAAGCCUACAAUAAAAAAGGGAUUUUCAAAUAA